AUGGACAAGAGAUUGCAACUCACUCCAGAUCGAGAUACUGGGAUUUCCAAGGAGAGUCAGGAGCAUCUGACCGAAGGCGGAGGGAACGGGAACGAGGUGAAGGUGCCGAGUGUGUACGACGCAGACUUCGAUUCCUACUUUACGAGCUCGACCCCGAGGAGUACGACGGCGAGACUGAGGAGUGGAGGAAAUGAGAACAACGCGAAGGUGCCGAGCGUGUUCGACGCAGACUUUGAUUCCUACUUCACGAGCUCAACGCCGAGGAGCACAUCGCAGGGGCAGAGGAGCACAACGCAUGGACUGAAGAGUGGAGGAAAUGAGAACAACGCGAAGGAGCCGAGCGUGUUCGACGCAGACUUUGAUUCUUACUUUACGAGCACGACAGCGAGAAGCACGAGCGGAGGGAAGGAUGUUCUGGAGCCCGUGUCUGGCGUGGAUGCAAACGCCGUCCUUGAUACCAUGCUGAACCUCAGUAGGACUGUCCUCGCCCGAGCAGAUGGGAGAAUCCCUCUCAGCGACAUGCAGCUUCCCAUCUUACCAAGGAAUCUCUCACGGAUCCCCUUCCUGAAUUUGUUUUUGCCGCGGAAUCCGCUUCUGGGUCUCACCAACGGCUACGCGACUGGCAUCGAAAGUAUCCACCGAAUUGGAGACGCGACGCUGUUCAGGAGAGGCCGGGAUUUCAUCCUGGAAGCACCGUUGAGAGUGGACUCCUUGCAAGUCUACUUCAAGGGCUUCAUCAACUUGGUUUUGGCCCAAUUCUCACUGAAUGUGGGUGGGCUCAUCCGAGACGCCGACGUCAAGAUCAAGGCCCGGACGUCGAUCAAUAUUGGUCGAGCCGGAGGGGGAAGUCAGCUGGCCUUGGAGGACUUCGAUAUCCUUAAAGUGGGGGACAUUCGAGUGGCCGUGAAAGGCCUGGAUCCCUUCUUCAACGACCUUGCCAGCAUCGUAGCGACAGGAGUGAAGGACGUGUUCCGAGAUUUUAUCUACGACCUGAUUGAGCCAUUGGUGCAGAGGACGAUCGAGAACGGAUUCUCUCGAGGCAUGAACCGGGUCAACGACAGCCCCCAGGCCUCCCGCCGCUCGUGACCUCGCUUCACCUCGUAUCACUCCUGACUAGGGCCUCCUGUUAUAGGGACUUCGCUGUGCUCGUGCUUGGAAGACUCAUCGUUUGGAUUGAUGAAUGCAGGCCGACGGCCUGUCCAUUAAAGUGUAUUUCCUUUUUAUGACUAUUCAGUGCCUUUCAGCCAGGCUUUGCGUUGCCUGCCUACUCACGUGAGAUAUGGAGAA